AUGGCGGCCCGAAAGCUCGCGCAAGAAGUUGACAAGUGUUUUAAGAAGGUGGCAGAAGGCGUGCAGGAGUUCGAGGCCAUCUACGAAAAGAUUGAGCAAUCCAACAACCCCGCGCAAAAGGACAAGCUUGAGGACAAUCUGAAACGAGAAAUCAAGAAGCUGCAAAGGCUUCGAGACCAGAUCAAGACAUGGGCCGCAAGCAACGACAUCAAGGACAAGGCUCCUUUACUUGAGCAUAGGCGCCUGAUAGAGACGCAAAUGGAAAAGUUUAAGGCCGUAGAAAAGGCCAUGAAGACCAAAGCGUAUUCCAAGGAAGGCCUGUCGGCUGCGGCGAAGCUAGACCCCAAAGAGCAAGCCAAGUUGGAAGCAGGCGAAUUCCUCAGCCAAAUGGUCGACGAGCUCGAACAGCAGAUUGAAACUCUCGAGGCCGAGAGUGAGUCAAUACAAGCCACCAUGAAGAGGGGCAAGGGACAUGGCGCCAAGGCCGACCGGAUAAGCGAAAUCGAGCGCAUCAUUGAACGACACAAAUGGCAUCAGGGGAAGCUGGAGCUAAUUCGGCGAUCUUUGGAGAACGGCGGCGUCGAGACCGAGCAAGUGAACGAGCUGGAAGAAAGCAUCAGAUACUACGUUACCGAUGGCAUGAAUGAGGAUUUCAUGGACGACGAGGGUAUUUACGAUGACCUGAACCUGGAAGAAGAAGAGGAUGCCUACGGAAUGAAUGUCGACAACGACAAGGGAUCCUCACAGGAUGCCCAGUCGAUCCAGGACGAGCCCGAGCCCGAGCCCAAGCCGGCGAGCGUACCGGCGGCGAAACAACGUACCCCGGCUGAUACAGUUGCAGCAUCAUCGAUACGACGCUCUUCUGCGCAGUUGAAGUCGCCACUACCGACGUUGGCGACGGUCCACAACAAUACAAUGCCAAGCAUUAGCAAUACACCGGCGAGCAAUGUGUCCAUGAAACCGGCAUCACUGCCCACGAGGCCGGCCGAGGGCCUAAAAUAUGCCAGUGCAGCAGCCGCGGCAGCCGCCAGCGAUAAGAGUGGUGUGGGAAUCGCGCCCCUGCCCCCGCCGCCAACAACCAACUCAUCGCUACCGGCAUCACAACACGUCAAGACCAGCGCAGCAAACUCCCCUAGCGUUGCAACGGUGCAGCCUGUUGCCCAGGAGAGGAUAGUAAAUGUGGUACCCCCGGCUGUUGGCGGGUCGGUUACAAAUACUCCGGUACCGAGCAAGACUGAACCGGCCAAGAACGUGUCUUCUCGUGACAAGGUAUCGGCACCAGUCCCAGCUGCCACAGCAACGACUUCCAAAGCAACACCGGAACCAGAAGCCGUGAAGACCCAGCCCAAAGGUCGGAAUAGUCCGCAUCCAUGUCGGAGCUCGGGUACUAACAUGUGUAUAGUGCCCCAAACAAACGGUGCAAGCAAUGGUAUCAAGCCCAUCGAAGAAGUGGAAGAAGAGGAGUCGAUUUACCAUCUACCAGCGUCCUUGCAGGACCUGGUCGAGUCAUAUGAGGUUACCAAGAAGUGCCCAGCAUCUGUGGAUGCACUUGCCACGCAGAGGAUGCAUGCGGCGGCGGUAGCGAACAAGCCGAGUGCUCUCGACACUGAGCUACCACGACCCUACUACCCCGAUGUUAGGUACCACACGCACAACCAGUUCCCGCAGGAGCCCCUGGCCAUAUUCGAAGACCCCCGUCUCUACCAGCGGAUUGAUCCGGACACCCUCUUUUACGUUUUUUACUACAAACAGGGAACCUACCAGCAGUACCUCGCCGCCAAGGCACUGAAAGACCAAAGUUGGAGGUUUCACAAACAGUACCAGACGUGGUUCCAGCGACACGAAGAACCAAAAUCGAUCACGGAGGAAUUCGAACAAGGAACCUAUCGUUUCUUUGACUACGAGAGCACAUGGAUGAAUCGCAGGAAGGCCGACUUCAAAUUUACCUACAAGUUCCUUGAGGACGAAGUAUGAGGAGAUCUUGCUACGCGUGGCCCGGG